AUGGUGAUGCCACUAGGAGGUAACACCGCGGGUGAUGCCCGGUAUGCGUUCUCACAUACAAAUUCCCUUUUAGCGCCGGGUUACGGUGCACCAGCAGGACGUGCGGCCCCAACAGAACAAAAUGGGAUAAUGAGGGAGGGAAACACGGGGAUGCAUGCGGCGACAAUGUCAACGACAUCGACGCAGCGAGCGCCAAUGCCUCGCCAGGGAUCGGCGCUAAUGACGAAUGGUCUUACUGUGCGUUCACAAUUCUCGGCGUACCGCGAGGGCCUUUUUGCACAAAUGCAAGGGCGUGACGUUUUAGCGGCGGCAGGAGGUUCACCUGCGCGGGGUGAGCGGUUUCAUGCUCGCUGGGAUUCAUCUUUAGAGACCAGAAAUAACAUCGGUGGAAGUCGUCCUGUUACUCUUGACGCUGGCAGUAGCGAUGUUGCCCGACUUCGGGGGUAUGUCGUCACCCCAAUUUCAAUAGGCAGUUUGGCGGAGGCCACACAGUUUGCAAUUCCAUCUUCUUACGCCACAUCACCAGUCGUGGCGCGAGAACCAGUACCAGCAGUAACUACAACAACAACAACAACAACAACAACAACGGGACACAUGAUGACGUCAUCGUCAGAGAAUUCUUUUCAGCAUCAUGUUAAAUUUGACUCCCCGUUGUCCUCAGGGUUUGAGCCCACGCGUGACGGUCCCAGUCGGCCACCCGGUCUUCUCGUCCCUCCCUAUUCGUUGGAUAACGCGCCCCAACCACAAAAUGAGGGGAAAAUUGGCGUAACAAACAACGAGACGUAUUCUUCCUUAAUGUCAUACGGAAGAAAUACGUCGCCGUCAUAUCAUGCAGAUCCAUGCAUGCACGCUCUCUUUCCCUACUGUCGUCAAAUGCCGCAAAACGCCAUCUACUCUGUGGCGUUUCGAAACGCUGUGAAUACUACGACACCCGCUUCAAAUGUAUUGCAUACGGGCUCUUUUUCAGCGGGAAGGGGGCUGCCUGCUCCUUAUCAUAAUACGGGGAUGCCACCGCCGCCACUCUCAUAUCAAGAGCAAACUCAGCAGCAACCGCGACUCUACCCUCGCGAGAUUGCUGCUGAAGCAUCUGACCAAGCGGGCAACCCACCCAUGCGGCGGACGCGGCAACGCCAGGAGUCCAGUUUUUGGGAGUUAUUUGAACGACUAUCCUACAGGCCGAGCGGUCAGACCCGCCGUGGUGCCACAAACACUGGCACGCAGCGGCGUACCGGCCAGGGUCAUGAGGGAGGGAACCAUUCUUUUGGCGGUUGGCUGCGUCAUUCCCGUCGAGUGGCCGAGUAUACACGACCAAUCAUACCAUCUUUUUCCCCUGUUCGUCCCCGCCCAGGAACUCCACCGCCGCCGCAAACGCUGUUGCGGGAGGCGCAAAGCUCGCGAAUUGCGCUGCGUUUCUCUUCGAAUCAUCGACCACCACGCCUUAGCGAGCUGUAUCUUUUUGAAGCCGCUUUUGCCCCCGAUGUGGACAAUAUGUCCUACGAAGAGCUUUUGGAACUGGCGGAGCGUAUUGGGCGCGUUGAGUGCGGUGUGUCGCGUGAAAGAUUACAACAGCUACAGGUGGUUCUGCAACCGAUUCACUUUGGCGUAACGUCUUCACGUCAAGAAAAAACGGGAACGGCAAGAGGGUCUGCGCCCUCACCGCAUGAUGUGCAACGAAGUCUGCAGGCACAUGAGGUGGAGUCUUUAACCUGCUGUGUGUGUCUGGACUCGUUUUCUGUUGGCAACGUGGCCACUCAACUGCCAUGCUGCCGCCACUUUCUGCACGAGGAUUGUUCUUCUCGGUGGUUUGAGAGCCAAUUUCGAUGUCCAAUCUGUACUCGUGACGUACGUGAGACCGAAGACUAA